AUGACUUCGUCAAACAUCAAUCAAGAUUGGAAUAAUGUUAACCUAUAUCAUUCUGCCAGAGAAUGUGAUGAAACGAAAGUUACCUUCGAAUCUACAUUACCCAUAUGGUUAAAUGGAACUCUUUUUCGUAAUGGGCCUGGUCACUUUGAACUCGAUAACGAAGACCCACCAACAACUGUUUAUCAUUCAUUUGACGGAUUUGCUUAUGUUCAAAAGUAUGUGAUUAAUGGUGAAAACAAUGAAAUUAAAUUUCAAACUACCUUUGUUAAAUCACGAAUGUAUGAAGAAUCAUUAAAAGAAAAGAAAUUAUAUGCCAGAACUUUUGGUACUGAUCCGUGUAAAAGUAUAUUUGGUCGAUUUCAAUCUUUAUUCAUCAAGAAUAAAGGUCCAAAGACAUUCACAGAUGACACUGGUGUUACCAUACAACGUAUUAACAAUGAAUUAGUAGCAUUAACAGAAACAAUAAUUGGAUAUAUUAUAGAUGAAUCGACUAUGGAAACAAUAGCGCCUUUGAUAACAUUACCCUAUGCAAAACCAAUACAGUCCGAAAUAAUGACAUUAACUACAGCACAUGUUAUGUACGAUGUAAAACGACAUAUGACAGUCGGAUAUGCGUCAAGAAUAACUAGAUCAAAAGGAUAUUGGUUAGAUGUCAUAUUUAUUCAUGAUGAUGCUGUUGAUGAAGAAAAGAAUGAACAAGUUAAGAGUGCUGAUGUGGAUGAUGAAGAUGAUAUAACAAUUCAUAGAAAAUUUACAGCAUUCACAAAUACUAUGAGUGAACGUGGCAAAGCAUAUAAUCGAAACAUAAAAUCGAAAACAAAAGUCUAUCGUUUUGAUUAUGAUAAUCCGUGUUAUAUGCAUAGUGCAUCGAUUAGCGAAGAUUAUUUAAUACUUUCUGAGAUCCCACUUCAUUUCUCAUUGGUAAAUGCGGCAUGGGCAACAGUUGCUGGCGGUAUUCUAACUGAUAUGUUUAAAUGGAACGGUGCUACGUGUCCAACGUAUUUCCGAAUUAUCUCAUUAGAUAAUGGUCAAGAAAUUGCGCGUAUACCUGGUCCAAGUUUCUUUACAUUUCAUCAUAUUAACGCUUACCAAGUGACGACGGACGACGCUGAUGAAAUAGUGGUUGAUAUAUGUGCCUAUGAUGAUCAUCGACUUGUACGAGAAUUAUAUCUUGAUAAAUUGCGAGCCAAUAUUUUUCCUUCUGGUCUUGGUUAUAUCCGACGAUUUAAUUUAAAUUUAAAGUUAAAACAAUGUACCGAACCGUCAGAAAACAAAAAUGAAUUACCUGAACAAGAAUACAUUGGACAUCCAAUUGGUUAUCGGAAUAGUCUAGUACCUGUACCAAUAGAAUUGCCAAGAAUAAAUUCGGAUUACAUUGGAAAGUCAUAUCGCUAUGUGUAUGCAGUGCGUGGACCACCGAAUUACAUGUUUGAUGCACUUGUCAAAAUUGAUUUACAAACACAGACUGUGAGUGGUCUAUGGAUUGAACCGUGUACGUCACCAAGUGAGCCGAUUUUUGUACCGAAACCAAAUUCAACAGAAGAAGAUGAAGGAGUUGUAUUAACAGUUGUUUUAGAACAAAAACGAAAACAAUCUUUUAUACUUAUAUUAGAUGGUCAGUCAUUCAAAGAGAUAACAAGAGCCUAUUUACCUAUAUCUGUCCCACUAUCAUUUCAUGGUAAUUUUUAUUGA